UUUUCAUUUUAUUACCUGAAUCAGAACUCACUUUCCAGACCCAAAGGGAGAGAAAGAGCUGCUGUUCUAUGUUCUUUACUUAACACCAGAUUUGUUAUGUUGAAGUUGGGAUAAAUUUAUGUCUGCUCUCAAUGCAAUAUGGGUGUUUGAAAAGGUGUGUGAAUUGUGAAGCAUGAAUAUCAUUUUCAUUAUCUCUGCACAUGGACCUAACUGCAGUAGCCAAGCCUUGCAGUUUCGGUGACAAAGGUACGAGUGAUGUCGUUUUACGCUUGAGAAACAGCGAAGGAAGGCCUGAAUGGUUCUACUCCCACUCAUCUGUUCUCGUAAGUAAAAGCAGGUUCUUUGCGGAUCGGCUCUCUAAUCCUGGCUCGGGCUCCUGCAUCGAGAUUCAUUGCUCGGACUCCACUUAUGAUCAUCAUGUUAACCUUUUGAGAUUACUGUAUCUCCCCACCGAUUCACUUUUGGAUUCCUUGGACUCGGUUCAAUCUGCUCUCGCUGUUCUACGAUUGGCAAUUGCAUUCUGUUGUGAAGACGUUACAAACUGCUGCAUCCAGUAUUUGGAGGCUGUUCCUUGGGAGGAUAAGGAAGAGGAACAAAUUGUAAAAGAAGUCUCGGAACUGGGGCCGGUAGCAAUGCCGAUAUUGGCAAGGAUCCAACCAGUGGAUUUAAGUGCUACCAAGAAUGUGUUUAUUUCUGCAGUUCGGUUCGCCACAUCAAUAGGUGGAUCUUGUCCACCCUUUGGAGACGAGCUUAAAACAUCUGCACAGGAACAAGUGGAGUUCAUGCUUGGAGGAGAUGAAGACACCCCAUUAGUUACAGCAAAUGAUGAAGUAAAAUCAGUAGUAAAAUCAGGUCUUUCCCAAGUUUGUUCAUUGUUUGAAAACGAGUUGUCUUCCUUUCUUCUUGUUCCCGACAUCACAGCUGAGACUGCCGAGACUAGAAUUUUACAGUGCCUUUCGGAUGUCGAGUGGAUGUGUAACAUACUCCCCAAAAUGGAUUUAAUGAAGGACUUUGUUUGUAGUUGGGGUGGGAUGUCUAGAAAGAUUUUGGAGAUAGUUGAAGACAAGAAACUUGAUAAUGCAAUGUGGGUUUUGAAGGUGAAGCUUAUAGAAGUGACCGGGAAAGUUCUGGAAGCUGUUGGCUAUGGAAACGUGAUUCUCCCUGCACCGUGUCGAGUCCAAUUGCUGAAGACAUGGCUACCCUAUAUAAGGAAGAUAAAGCCUCUCCUGGACACAAAAGCUGACGAGGAUACGGAUUUCCCUUACAAGAUGGAUGAAGACUUGUGCCAAAGUAUCGAGGGGGCGAUCGUUUCGUUAGUACUAGCAUUGCCAUCUAACGAUCAAGCAGAUAUUCUGACGGAUUGGAUGAAAACCGAGCAGCUUAAGUAUCCUGACUUGAGCGAGGCAUUCGAGGUAUGGUGUUACAGAACCAAGUCAGCAAAGAGAAGAUUAAUGGAAGGCUUGGAUAGAGUUGGCAAUACCACUAUUAGCCUUUGAUUUCUUAGAAUUUGUAUGAUUUGAACUUGUAAAAUGAAUAGAUGGUGACAAUCCCCAUUUCAUGUAACUCAGACUCCAUCAAAAGCUCUAUAUGAUCCUUAAUUUCAUCUGA